AUGGAGAAUUCGCUAAAGAAGAUCUCUUCAAACGCGUUAAAAGGUGCUUUGUUCAGCUGGACAAAGUUUCCGUGUGUUUUGAAGGCAGGCCAUUGCCAUAGCGGCGUUGCCACUGCACGCCUCGAGAACCAGAGCGCUCUACAAGAUGCAGCCGGCCUUGUCACCGGUUCGGGCAACGAUGCGCAUUGCUACUGCACGAUUGAGCCGUACAUUGAUGCUAAAUUCGAUGUGCACAUCCAGAAGAUCGGAAAUAAUUACAAGGCCUUUAUGCGCAAAUCGAUCUCAGGCCAUUGGAAAACUAAUCAAGGCUCAGCGAUGCUCGAGCAAAUCACUUUAACCGAGAAGUACAAGUCCUGGGUGGAUGAGAUUUCUGAGCUCUUCGGCGGCAUGGAGGUAUGCGGCAUUUCCGUGGUGGUCGGCAAAGAUGGACGCGAACAUAUAAUCAGCGCCUGCGAUUGUACAUUCGCUUUAAUUGGCGAUAGCCAGGAAGAGGAUCGCCGGCAGAUCGCCGAUUUGGUUUCGGCAAGAAUGCAAAACGUUUGCCGGCCCAGCAUGGCUCAGACUGGCAUGCCACCGCAUGGCAUCCGACAGCCAUCACGUUCAUCCAUCUCCUCACGCGGUGAGAGCCCCACAGAGGAUAUGGCACCAACACCACCGGCUCCAGCCGGUCCACGCCCCGCUCCAAUGGGCGGCCCACCACCAAUACCCGAACGCACUUCUCCAGCAGUCGGCUCGAUUGGACGCCUCAGCAGUCGCAGCAGCAUUUCCGAGGUACCUGAGGAGCCAUCAGCACCGGCACCAACCAGCGUGCCCAGCAGCGUUGGUGGUGCUGUUCGGCGCGAUUCACAAACUUCGCAGGCAUCGAGCGUGUCAUCGGCCUCCAGAGUCUCGACACGGCCACCACAAACUCAAAGUUCGGUGGUCGAAGAUGCCGAGGAUACAAUGAAAAAUUUGCGUAAGACCUUUGCGGGGAUAUUUGGUGAUAUGUAGGAAUUAGCCAAUAAGAAGCGCGGAAGAACAGCAAGCGAGACAAGCAGUGGCGGUGGUGGCAGUGCUGGCGGCAGUGGAAUAAGCGGCAUAAGUACCGGCUCGUUCCUCGGCAAGCAAUUCUCGUUUGCUAGUGGUGGUGGCGGCAAAUCGGUCAGUGGCAGCACUUCGAGUGUUGCAUCAGAUGUUAUAUCCGCACAGCCAUCACCCAAACCGGCUGCGGAGAAGCCAUACGAUGCGCGCUCUGACACUUCAACGAAUUCCACGUUGACAGCAGGCAGUAUGAGCGUCAGUGCUAGCUCGGCCGCAAGCUAUAGCAGCAAGCCAUCUUCCAGCGUUUUGGAUACAUUUGCAGAGGAGAACACAUACAAGCCAGUCACCAAUUUUGAGCCACAAGAGCGUGUCAAUCCCUUCGACAAGGGUGCAAUAAAAAGUUCCGCCACCAAUCAAACCAUCGGCAGUGCCACUUCGACCACUUCAUCGUCAUCGGUCUCCUCAUCGUCGAUUUCAUCGCGUAUCAAUCGCAACGGCAAUGCCGGCAUUAAAUCGCCACCACCACCCACUGGACCACCACCACCACCACCAACAGCCGGUGGCAUCAACUAUCGCAACUCAACUUCAACCACACCACCGAGCAUCGGCAAAGACAAACGCACCUUCAAUUACGGCAGCUCCACUUCCAUCGAGACUAUAACACGCAUGGAUACCAACACCACCACCACCACCACAGUUGAACCGAGCAGUGAUGCCUCUGCUGCUACUGGCGGUCUAGCGGGUGCAAAUAUAACUAAUAACGCCAUUGGCGGUGCAACAGGUGGCGGUGACGCAGCCUCAGCGAGCGGCGGCACAGAUUGGAAAUCGAAAAUGGGCAUACGUUCGGCGAGCGUCUACAGCGCACCAGCAGCGGUGAGCUCCACUGUGCCCGCCGCUGGCGACACCUCCGGCUAUGUAUCGAACUCGAGCCCCGCCUCGAACGCUUACAAUGCGACAGCCGAUUUGCCAUCGUACACGCGACCAUCGUAUUCGCGCUCCGAAAGCAAUGCUUCCAACAAACAAUCCGAUUUAGACAUAAUUUUCGGCGAGACUAAUAAGCCCAGCUACGGCAAUGGCAAGUACACGCGCUCCGGUUCCGAUGCCGAACUAAUCUUUGGCGGACCACCGACCAACUAUAAGGCCGAUCGCUUUGGCGCCUCGAAGAGCAUGAGCGUUGCCUCCGAGCGCAGCAACGAUGGCAAUGGCAGCAACAAUUCAUAUCGCGCCUAUGAAGGCAUACAAAAUGCCGCAUUCAGCGACUUUAGUGACUCACCGAAAACAGGCAGCAUCAGCAGUAUCAGCUCGUAUGGGAAUACGAAUCGUUGGAGUAAGCCAACUGCCGAAGAGGAUGAUGAAUUGGAUUUGAAGUAGGAAAGAAUGUUGAAAGCUUACAAAAUUAAAGUUAGCUAAAUUGAUGUGUGUUUGCGUGCAAGCUCAAUGUGUGCAGGUGAGGCAGUUGCAAGUGCACUAGGACACACAAGCUUAGGUAAAGGGAAUUAUGCAAAAACUGGAAAACGAAGGAAGAAUAAUAUUAAAAGUAAACUAAUACAUACACACGCGCAUCUUUCGCCUCUGAAGUUUCCUGGUUUCAUAGUGGAAAAUAAUUAAAAAUAGAAGCGAAUCUUCACAUA